UUCCUAUAGGACAUAAUAUUCCUUCUUUUUUCUGCCGCAUAUAUAAGCAGGAGUAUAUACUGGAACUUGGCAUCUCUCAGAAAAGGCGCCGCAAUAGUCAAACAAGUUACAAGUUUGAUUAGACGGUAUUCUCAUCCAACAUAACGCCUAUUCUCCCUCUAUUUAUCUUAUUUAAUCCACCGGCGUUGUCGGUCCAACAUUUCUUGCCGAUCUUACUUGGUUGUUUCAGUAGUUUGCAGUGUAUUUGCUGAAAUUGUCUCCUUUGCAAGAGGCAAACUUGGCUAAAAUGACACGGCUCAGACGAUCGUAUAAGGAGCGGACCCAAAAAUCUCAUCAGCAUUUCCAUCAGCCUUCGCGGCUGCCCAUAUUUUGGGUUCCGACCAAACUUCCUUCCUUUGGAUUUUCAUCCUUUGGCGGCAUGUGACUGUUUUUGUGGGAAUACGCGCAUUUUUCAAAUCAUGGAUCCUGACCAUGGCAUUCUAGAUAAAUGCCAAUUCGGAGAAUGCGAAGCAACAAUUUUAAUUAAAGCACCCUACUGUGCAAAACACACGCAAGGCAAAGUCUUAUCUAAGCUUACAAAAAUUACAGCGCCUCCUUCAGCUUCUGGUCAACGCCAUCCCAAUAAUUGUCGAUAUCCCCAACAAAACUCAUCUUUGCUCAACGGCAAUUUGGCAGAAAUGACCACCAAUGAUGAGAAAUUAGGUGAUGCUAUCACCGUUAAACCACCUCUCGCACCGCCGAAUCCUUCAGCUGAGAAGCGACAGCUUCCCAGCAAGGGGGUGGCUCGGAAGACCACCAGCGGUACAUCUUCCAAGUCCAAGCAAAGCCCUACAGCAUCUCGUUAUACUGAUAUCAACCCACCCUUGGGUCGCGACUCCAUUGGGAAUACUUCUAUGCCGGAUGAAAGAUUAUUAAAGAGGCCACGAUUAUCUAGUGAUGAGAAUAGAGUACAGGUGCGAGCGGUCCGGCAACAUGUUCCUUCCACCGGGGCCAGGCCCCACAUAUCCCCGGUUCCCUUUGCGGGGACUACCGAGGAACUCAAUCUUGAACCUGCGGGUCCGUCUGACUUUGCUCUUCGUCCAAAGAAAGAAAAUUCAGCUUCGCUAGAAACGAUGCCCCGAAUAAAUAUACAGGGAACACAUGGCAUUCCUGCACCGAGAUCUCCGCGAGACGAUCUGCUACGUAAAGAACAAGCUCCUAUUAUCGCCAAGAAACCAAUAUUUCCAACCAAUGGUAUUAUAGAUCUUACCAUGAGCGACGACGAUAAUCGAGCUGAGCCCCCUAGAAAAAGCCAGGAAACUUUGAGCCCUAGCAUAGAGAGCGAUAGAAUCAAUCAACCAAGUCGUGUCGCAGAAGCUCAUCUAAACGCGCUAAACGCGACCCGAAUGGUUUCCGAGAUGCGACGUGAGGGAGCAGGAUCAAUUGAAUUGCAGACGCAAUCUGGUCAAGCAAGAAACUUACCCGCCGGCCAAGUGGAUCCCUUAGUUCGAAAUGGGCAACAUCCUAUUCCUAAGAUCGGCUUGAACUCAUCGACCCGCCACAUCCCAAAGAAGCCCCAUUUAGAUAUCGCGCCUAGGCCCGCUGGGAUGCCACUUCAUCCGAGAAAGCCACAGGGUCCCCUUCCGUCACAGAUCGGGCUUGACGAACGCGAAAACAGGGCCCCCCGCAUUCCCAAGUCGCGCGCUCGGAAGCCCGCCGCCGACAUACCGCGUCAAAGUAGUGAACGAGUUAGGUCGCCUUCCACAAAUUUGAGCUUCGCGAAAAUGGAUAAGGGACCUAUUUCUACUUCUAAUCACCCGUCACCAGCACCUGGCAUUACUCGGCCCACCCCAAGACUAGAUACCUCAAUUGGUAUUGGAGCGCGUGAUGAAUCGUGGUCUGCGUCGAGUUCGCGGACGUUAGAUCAAGUACGGGGGAUAAUCGAGGGUUCAAUACCGCCAAAGACUCGCAGUGCCUCUAACAGCAGUCAAGCGGCCCGACCACAUGCUCCGUCGCCUCGACCGAGUCGACUAGGCACCGAAGAACGAAUUGUCGCACCCAUAAAUCAACCGUGUACUACGCAGAUUACGUAUACUCCCGAAGCUCAAACGGCCGUGCGUAAUUCGUUAAUGCAAGGCCACCUAACGACUCUCGAAGCGACAAAUACGUCAAUGAAUUUGCACAAAGAUGUCGAGACAACCAGUCGGCCUAAAGAGCUAGCUGAUAUUCCGACCGGGAAAUCAACACUUGCCUCAAUACUAAGAGACCCAAAUCAUACGCGCUUGGGGUUGGAGGAAAGACGUCGACUCUUGAUAGCAAAACAUGACCCUGACAAAUUCGAUUCUUAUAUCUAUGGCAAAAUGAAUGAACCCUUCCAUCCUGGCUCUCCAUUAUUUGGUUUGCCUGAUAGCCUCCUACCUCCGCGCCCAACACGUCCAGCGACACAUUUUGCACAUAUCGACCCGCGAAUUCACUGGAAUCAUGCUCGUUCUGAGAAGUGGCACCGCGAUAAGCAGGACGAGAUUUGCGCGCGAGGAAACAGGAAGGAUAAAUUUGGCCAGGCUGUAACUCGUGCGGCAAAGAGAAAGCGAGAUGAAGCUGAGGUUGCUCUUCGGGUUGAUUUGCCCGAACGCGUGAAGAAUAAUCCAGAAUGGAUGGCUGCUCUGGACGAAUUGGACCAAAUGGCAGAGCCCUAUUACGCGCAAGAGCGUAAAAAGUUGAAGGAGAGUCCUGUUCAAGGAGCGAAACCCCAGCAGAAGAAAAAGGGAUUGAUAAUUGCAGUCGAUGAGAAUGGGAAUGAGAACAAAGUGGGACAGGAGUUCACUUUGAUUGGGGGUUUCUUUCGAAGCUCCUAAAGAACGAGAGCUAGAAUUUCUAUCAGCUAGGUCCGUACGGCUCACCAUCUUCGCUUAGAGAGGCGAGAAGACAUUCUCAUUAGACAUGUAUAUACAGAUCCUG